AUGGCCCCCUUCAAAGCUUCCACUGUGAAGCUGAAAUAUACCAAUCGAAAAUCAGACGGCCUCAGGCUUGCGGAGAUCGUUGCCAAAGACCUGCGAAAACACACAGCUGGCUUUGGCAAAAAGAAUACUGUCGCUGAGACCAACUCAGCACCUCUGGAACUGGAUCUUGGAAAUAAAGAGCAGACGGACGUCUGCAUCGAAACCUUUGCUGAAAGUCUUUUAGAAGCACUAGAAUUGAGAGAAGGCGUUUCGCCAUUGCGGCUUGAGGAGUUGAGCUUUCGCAACAAUAAGUUGACAACGGCUACAUUGAAGCUACUAGCGCCCGUGAUCCACGCCGCACGAUUUGAUAUUCGAUAUAUUGACCUCUCGCAUAACCACAUACGAGUGGCGACGCGAGAAGAGGCCGAAGAUUUUGCCGCUUUCAUUCACGCUUUUGCUGGUUGCGAGCUCAUGCGGCGAUUGGAUAUGAGCGGAAACGAUUUCUCGGGUCCACUUGCGAUGGAGAUAUUGCUCAGGGAGUACUGUCUUCAGCAACCUGUCGAUCCGAGUUUGCUGUAUCAUCCGACUGGCAUGGAGACCACAGAUUACGGGCAGGAUAUGCUGAGCGAAAGGACGAAUAUGCUGAGUAUUUCGUCUCAUACUCGGGAUAAAUGCUGCCUGGAGGAAACGAAAGAUCCAGGCUCCUCCGUCGCAGGGUUAAAAGUGUGCACGCGGCGUCGUGGACUCCGCUCAAUCCCGUACAUACUACUAAAGGACACGAAGCUGGACGACGCGGGAGCCCUACACCUCUCUUACAUUCUUGAACACCAUUACUGGCCGCAGUAUCUCAUGAGCAAGCCAAAGGAUGGAUCGAAGGAAGCGAGGCGCAAAGAAGAGGACGAUGUAAAUGGGUGCUUUGGUAUCGUCUUCUCAGGAAAUUGGUCACUUUCACCACAUGGCUCUAAGCUCCUGGAAUACGCGAAUGCGGCCAGAGCACAGCUCGUAGGUUUACAGCCUUUUUCCCAGGCGGAGCACAGCUUUCAGUGGAACUCAACUUCGCCCGGCUCGCGGUUGAUGCGAUCGAGCAGCACGAGCUCGCAUUCAUUCUUGUCAGACGAUACUAAUGGUCACCGUGUUGUCGAUAUUUCGACAAGCAUGCAGAGUUUGAGAAUGCGACUACAGCGAACAACGCUAGAAAUGCACGGAGUUCAGAGCGUACAACUGUGGCACGCCGCGAUGAAGAUUCUGUAUGCUGCACGUGUUAUUUUACCUCCAAUUGUCCCGAAACAUGGCAGCAGAACAGUUGCCGAUGUAUCUAUGCCGUCUAUCAUGCCUGACGUCCCUGAAAAAACAACCCUUCUCAUCGCAAGGAAGUGCAUGGAGCAAGUCACAAAUGCCAGUAGAGUAAACUGUGCUAUCGCGAGGACAAAAACGAGUCGGAUUCCAGUAGUGGUCGGUUACCCCAGCAAGCAAGUGAAGAGUGCACAAGCUGACCAUGUAUCUCAAAUUCAUUCCCAAGGUAAUGACAACAACAGUAGUUUGAAUGUGGCUACGCCUGCCUCGACAGAUAAGGGCGCGAUGUACGAUCCGGCCAACCCGAUGAAUUUACCCACAGCUAUCUGGCGCAAAAUCUUCAUUGAGUAUGCGGAAUCAGCGAAUCUCCUCAGCGAUGAGCAAAUCGACAAGGUGAUCAGGUACGCGAGGGAUCGGUCGAACAUUAUAGCAGAGAUGCACUCUCAGGCAAAGGGUCAGAGUCAUCAAGUGUGGCAUAUCUUGGAGCAGAUUGACUGCUUCACAUAUGAACUGAAGAUGGCGGACUAGGAUCAAUGAAUCAAACGAAGUGAGGGUGAAUACCAUCGAUAGGUUAGAGCUCACUUCUGUAUUACGCGUCAAUGGUGUUGUGCUUCAAUAGCGUCCAAACGCAUGAUAAAUAGCCUUUCCUAUGACAUUUGUGAGAC